AUGAAGAACUUACAAGAAAGGAUUAAGGAGCAAGCCGGCGGAGGCGGCGGCGACGGCGGCGGAAGAGGCGGGGACGAUGACGACGGGAAAGGCGGCGACGGCGGAGGAGACGGGGGGGACGACGGGGAUGAGCGGAAUGGGCGAAGCGACAAUCAGAUUGACGCGCUGCCGUUUCUCAGCCUGGCGUUCGCCGCGUUACACGCAUGCUACUGUAUCGUUAUAGGCUUGAAGGAGAAGGUUCUGCCUCCGGAUUUUCUCCGUACUGCUGCUGGGCUCUCCUCGUUGCUCAUCGCUUCGGCCCUUCGACUGAACUCAACGCGGUACGGAUUCGACUCCUAUGUGCUGGGCCUUGGGGCAUCCGUCGGCGUUUCUGUGUGGUCAGCUGAGCGUUGCUUCCUGAGAAAGGAGCCCUCCCCAUCUGGUGUGGCUGCACUCGGCUCAGCAAUCAUGGCUGCACUCUAUACGUGUGCCCUGUACCGCACUAUUUAA